GGGCUAGCAGGUGAGGGGCGGUCCUCUGCCCUCCUCCCCUAGGUAAGCGGCGCCGGGGGAUCCGGCGGGACUCAGGCAGCGGUCCUGCCCUGGAUGCCUGGACUGGGAGAGAUGAGGACGCGGCAAAGAUCCAGGGGCUGGAGAGAUGCUGAGUGGCUUAUAGGAUUUAUCUGGGAGAUCAAAACCACAGACAGAAGCAGGAAAAAGGAAGGCCCAUUUACAGGCACCCUGCUCCCCAACAUUGCAUGCGACGCAGCGCCCUCGUGCUCAGCCGGGCCACCCACGUGGGCAUCCACACCCUUGAGGCUGUGCCAGCCCUUCAGCCGCCAUGCCCUCCUGCUGCUUCUGCUCUUGUUCCCAGACCUGCCUGUGGCAUCUCCCAACCUGAAGCCGUCCUUGCCUCCCAUUGUCAAAGAGAGCCCCUUUCUGGUGGCCUGGAAUGCGCCAACCGCACGGUGCUCGGCUGCCUAUGGGGUGCCCCUCAGCUUGGACUCCUACAGCAUCCUGGCGAAUGCCCAGGAAGCCUUUGUGGGCGGCAACAUCACAAUCUUCUACUACGACCAGCUGGGCUUGUAUCCCUACUACUUGAACACAACGGUGCCGCCCACUGCCGUCAACGGCGGCUGCCCUCAGAACGCCAGCCUGACAAGGCACUUGGAGCAGAUGGAGAGCAACCUGACGGCAGCCAUGCCCUCCAGCUCCUUUGCGGGCCUCUCCGUGAUAGACUGGGAGAACUGGAGGCCCCUGUGGGUCCGGAACUGGGACAAGAAAAGCGUCUAUCGGAACAUGUCUGUCCAGCUCGUCAGGCAAAAGAAUCGCCAUUUGUCGGAUGCCCAGGCCGAAGUGCAGGCUAAGUGGGAAUUUGAGACGGCCGCCCAGGAAUUCAUGUCUAAGACCCUGCAGCUGGCCCGCUCUCUCCGCCCCAGGGGCUGGUGGGGCUACUACCUCUUCCCAGAGUGCUACAACUACCACUAUUUGGAUAGCUUUGAGAACUUCACAGGGCACUGCCCUCCGCUGGAAGUGCAGCGCAACAACGAGCUGAUCUGGCUCUGGGAGAACAGCAAAGCCCUCUACCCUUCCAUCUACAUGGAGGAGGCGCUGAGGAACUCUACGCAAGGGAAGAAGUUUGUGUGGGCCAAAGUGGGGGAAGCCCUGAGAGUGGCGGAGCUGCCUUCUGUUCAACAUUCCCUCCCUGUCUUUGUGUAUGCCAGGCCGUUCUACACCUACACAAUGAAGGAGUUGUCUCAGACAGACUUGGUGUACACCAUUGGGCAGGCUGCAGCCAUGGGGGCUCACGGCAUUGUACUCUGGGGAGACGCAGAGUAUUCUCGCAACCGGACCAACUGCUUAAAGAUUCAGGACUACCUGAAUAGCACCUUAGGCCCUUAUAUUGUCAAUGUGACCGCGGCGACCAAACUUUGCAGCCAGAAGAUCUGCAACAGCCACGGCCGCUGCAUUCGCCGAAGGAUGGACUCGGACAGCUACUUGCACCUCAGCCCUGACAGCUUCCAGAUCCAAACAAUAGCAGAGGGCAACCAAACCCGAGUGCUGGUGAGGGGGCAACUGAGACGUUGGCAGGAGGACAAAAUGAGAGAAGAGUUUGUGUGUCACUGUUACCAGGGCUGGAAUGGAGAACGCUGCUCUGCCCGGGGGCGGGGCUUCUGGCUGCAGACAAGUGAUUGGUUAAUUCUUGGGGUGCUUCUGUCCGUACUUUGGGGGUGUUGUUUGUGAGCCUUUUGGACCAGUUGUGAUACAUGUGGAUUUUUUGUGUGAAGCCCACAACCCUCUGAAUAGUGGUGAGAAGGGAAGACCAAGACAAGCAUGGUGCUUGGUGACAAAGGUUUUGUGAAGUGAUCUGUGGCUCCCACUGGUGUUCCUUCUCCUUGUUGUGUUUCGCUGGAAAAGUGAGCACAUAAUGGAUUUUUCCCUCCAACAACUUCCAUGACCUAUGCAGGAUUCUAUUCUUCCAAUACACUGAAGGUUUUCUUUUAAAGUUUUGUAUCUCUCUUCACCAGCAUAGCUGCAGCUUGAAUAUUCAGCAGUGCAUAUUUUCCUAAACUGUGACAAGAACAGUAGUUUUCUAAUUGUUUUUUUUUUAAAGCAAAAGUUAAUUCAGUCAUGAUCUGAUAUUUAUAACAGUUAAAUAAUGGCACAGUC